GUGGAGAACAAUGAAGCAAUGGAAGCUGGUCACUGGAAGCCUCCACAGAUUUCCUGGGUUUUCAAAUUCCCUUCUGGACCAGGAGCUGCUGCUGUGGGGCAAGAUUUGGAAGAACAGCUGAACCUAGGUUUUGCUUUCGCGAAUGCUUUGGAGGUGGCUGUGGUGAAAGAUACGAAACCUUUGAAGCCACGUGGUCAGGCUGCUGCCGAUGAAGGUGUGAAGGGCGCUCCGCCAGGCCAUGCUGCGCUGGAGAAAGGGGCUCCUCCAGGAAUGGCUCUUGCUGCAACUGUCCCAGAGCCCAAAGCUGUGGGAAAAGCAAAGGCCAAGGCUUCUGGAAAAGGCCGCGGCAAAGGUUUCAAGCGUCCUGCCGCAGCAGAGGUGGCCAGUGAAUCUUCUCCUGCGGCUGCAGCGCCGCCUGUUUCAGAUGCACCUGUUCCUGGAAAGCGCCGUAGGAUUUCUGUCCCAGACGGUGUGACAUUGGGUUGUGGCAAGCGCAAAAGAGAUCCUGUCGGCUGCACCACGCGCCGGCCCAAAGCGGGCCUGGUCGAAAGCACCAAGGGCGUUUGGAUCUUCAAGGCGGACUGA